GUAAAUGGGAGUAUUAAAAUGGGAUGAUAAAGAAAGUAGUAAACAAUAAUAAAAACCAAAGUGCAAUACUUCAAUGUGAUCCAGAUCUCUUCUUCUACAAUUCUUGUAUAAACAAAACAUGGGGUUCCCCCCUCAACAAUCCCCAUAAAACACAUCUCUUCAAUCCAACACCACCACCAACACCACCACCAGCAGCAGCAAUGCCUGCACCCUUAAGAAACCCCAUUCAUCUUCCUCUUCUUCUUAUUCUCAUCUUCUCACUCCCACACAUCUCUUUCUCCAUUGAUGUUCAAGGUCAAGCUCUUCUUCAUUGGAAAAGCCAGUUAAACAGCUCCACCAAUGCAUUACAAUCAUGGAACCCUUCAGACUCAACCCCAUGCAAAUGGGUUGGAGUUCAAUGCAAUAACUAUUCUCAUGUUAUUAGUAUAGAGCUAAAUUAUGUGGAUAUUCAAGGUCCAUUGCCUUCAAACUUUCAAGAGUUGAAAUGGUUGAAUGUAUUAAUUCUCUCAUCUACAAAUCUCACCGGAGCGAUCCCGAAAGAGUUCGGCGACUAUCGCGAGCUUACGGUUCUUGAUAUUUCGGAUAAUUCGAUCACCGGGAGUAUCCCCCCGGAGAUUUGCGCGCUCGAGAAGCUCGAAACGCUUGCGGUUAACACCAACAUGCUCGAAGGCCCGAUCCCGAACGAGAUCGGGAACCUUUCGAGUUUGAAAAACUUGUUGUUGUUUGAUAAUGAGUUCAGUGGUGAGAUUCCUAAGAGUAUAGGGAUGUUGAAGAAUCUUGAAGUGAUUAGGGCUGGUGGGAAUAGGAAUUUAAAAGGUGAAUUGCCUGAAGAAAUUGGAGAUUGUGGGAAUUUAGUAAUGUUGGGGAUUGCGGAAACGAGUGUUUCCGGGAGCCUUCCGAGGAGUCUCGGAAGGCUGAAAAAGGUCCAGACAAUAGCGCUGUAUACAGCGCUAUUGUCUGGACCAAUUCCCGAAGAAAUCGGGAACUGUACAGAGUUAAGGAAUCUUUACCUGUACCAGAACUCGAUUUCCGGGUCAAUCCCGAGCUCGAUCGGAAACCUCCGAAAACUCGAAAGCCUGUUGCUAUGGCAAAACAGUUUAGUCGGAACAAUUCCGAUCGAGCUCGGGACAUGUACCGAGCUCGUUACCAUCGAUUUAUCGGAGAAUUCGUUAACCGGAAACAUUCCGGCGAGCUUCGGAGAUUUACGAAAGCUUCAAGAGCUUCAGUUAUCCGUUAAUCUGUUAUCCGGUAACAUCCCGAAUUCGAUUACUAACUGUGUUUAUAUAACUCAUUUAGAAGUUGAUAACAAUCAACUCACCGGCGAGAUUCCGGCGACCAUCGGAAAUUUACAGAGUAUGACUCUGUUUUUUGCAUGGAAUAAUAAUAUCUCCGGCAACAUUCCGGCGUCUUUAUCUAACUGUCAGAAUCUUCAAGCUCUUGAUCUCUCAUAUAACCAAUUGUUCGGUACAAUUCCGGCACAGUUAUUUUCCCUCCAAAAUCUUACAAAAUUGUUAUUACUUUCCAACAAUUUGACCGGUUUUAUCCCGCCGGAGAUCGGAAAAUGUUCAAAUUUGUACCGGUUUAGAGUCAACAAUAACCGGCUUUCGGGUACUGUUCCAUUAGAAAUUGGGAGUUUAAAGAGUUUGAAUUUUCUUGAUAUGAGUAACAAUAAGUUUGUUGGAAUGAUUCCGAGAUCGAUAUCGGGUUGCCGGAACCUUGAGUUUCUUGAUCUUCAUUCAAAUGGGUUUUCCGGUGGGUUGCCGGAGAUGUUUCCGACGAGUUUACAGUUUGUUGACAUGUCGGAUAAUGGGCUUUCGGGUUCGUUGGGUUCGAGUAUUGGGUCGUUGACGGAGUUGACGAAGCUUAAUUUGGGGAAGAAUAGGUUUUCCGGUGAGUUUCCGGCGGAGAUCCGGUAUUGUAGUAAGCUGCAGUUGUUGGAUGUUGGGAAUAAUGGGUUUUCCGGUGAGAUUCCGAAGCAAUUGGGGCAAAUUCCGUCACUCGGAAUCUCGUUAAAUUUGAGUUGUAAUCAGUUUUCCGGCGAGAUUCCGGCUGAGUUUGCCGGUCUGAGCAAAUUGGCAAGCUUAGACUUAUCCCGGAAUAAGUUAUCCGGCGAGUUGAGCAUUCUUACAAGUCUUCAAAACCUUGUGUCACUUAACGUGUCGUAUAACGACUUCACCGGAAAGUUACCGAACACUCCGUUUUUCAAAAACAUUCCGGCUUCCAACAUUGCUGGAAACCGGAAUCUUUAUGUUGACGGAGCGGUGGUGACUCCGGCCGACAAAAUGGGGUCCACCGGCCAUGCCAGGUCAUCGGCCAAGUUGGCGAUGUCAAUCCUAGUCAGCAUUAGCGCGGUGCUGGUGUUACUAGGGACUUACAUUUUGAUCCGAACCCGUUUGGAGAAAAAAGAGAUAAUAAAUGAAAAAUGGGAAGUUACAUUUUAUCAAAAAAUGGAAGUUUAUGUUGACGAAAUCGUGCAUUAUUUGACUUCGGCGAAUGUGAUUGGGACCGGGAGCUCGGGUGUGGUGUACAAAGUGACAACGUCGAAUGGAGAAACGUUCGCGGUGAAGAAAAUGUGGUCCGUGGAAGAAUCGGGGUCAUUUAGGUCUGAAAUCGAGACGUUGGGUUCUAUUCGACACAAGAAUAUUGUUAGGUUGUUAGGGUGGGGGUCGAACCAGAACAUUAAACUUUUGUUUUAUGAUUAUUAUCCGAAUGGAAGUUUGAGUUCGUUACUCCACGGUGCUGGGAAACGAGGAGCGGAUUGGGAGACGAGGCACGAGGUUGUACUAGGUGUCGCUCAUGCGCUUGCAUAUCUACACCAUGAUUGUGUGCCGGCGAUUUUGCAUGGAGAUGUGAAAGCUAUGAAUGUGUUGUUGGGUCCAAACUUGCAACCCUUUCUUGGUGAUUUUGGGCUUGCUAGACUUGUUACAAGGGAUCAAUAUGAUGGGUUGAACCAAACCCAGAGACCGCAGUUAGCGGGUUCUUACGGAUAUAUGGCACCCGAACAUGGGUCGGCUCAGCGUAUCACUGAAAAGAGCGAUGUAUACAGUUUUGGAGUGGUCCUAUUAGAGGUAUUAACAGGGAGACAUCCACUAGACCCAACUCUGCCAGGUGGCGCACACUUAGUUCAAUGGGUACGAGACAACCUUCACGACAAGAAAGACCCAACCGACGUUCUUGAUCACCAACUUAGAGGAAGAGCCGAUCCACAAAUGCACGAAAUGCUCCAAACACUCGCGGUUUCAUUUCUUUGCGUGAGUCCACGGCCCAAUGACCGCCCAACCAUGAACGACGUGGUUGCAAUGCUCAAGGAGAUCCGACACGAGGAUGCUCUAACAUCCGAUAACGAUAUGAAAGGAAAACUUUUGGCUGAUCCUCCGUCCUCGCCUCCCACUAGAAAGAUGGUUUUACAAGGCUCUUCGAAUUGCUCGUACGCGUUCUCGGAUGAAUCCACUUAACUUAUGUUAUGUCUAGAUGUCUAUUUUAGAUAACCAAGUUAGAAGUUUCAUAAAGAGAAAAAAAACAUAUGUACUAUGAUUUUAGUAGUUUAUAUUUUUUUAUAAUAAUAAGCACAUAUGUAUGUAGUGUAGAAAUGUUGUACUAAAUAUAGGAUUUUUAGAAGUGUGAAUGAAAUGAGAAGAGCCAAAUGUCUUUA